AUGAAGUCGCACACGCUCGUUGGGCACGUGAGAGGCCCGUCCAGGGACGACGCCAACGCGGAACUCCCGCCGAAAUUCUGGCGCGCGGGGUCUAGCAUCCAGCAAAUUCCCAUCAGAGGCUUCAACGGCAAACUCGCCUUCUCUCCGAACUUCGCAAACGACCACGCCCUCUUCGCCGCCAGCCACUACGCGUUGUACUUCUCAGGCGACGAAGGACGCACCUUCCGCAAGGUCUUCGAACUCCCGUGGCAAGCGCCGCUCGUCGACGAGUGCUGCUCGCCGGCAGCGACGCCGCCGCCACCUGCGCCGCCUGCGGGCUCGCCACGUUACGUGGCGUGUGGCAGGACUGGCCGGUGCGACGAGAGCGACCGGUGGGCGGCUCCGUCCGAGAAGCACGAGGUGCGGUGUUGCUCCGACUCGCGAAUCGACGGCUGGAAGAAGAAAGAUGGGUGCUCCGUGUGGAGCGAGUCCGACGACGAUGAGAUGGGAGGCAAGUGCCACCACAACAAGAACCUUGCGCAGGCCUCGACCAUCUGCGAGGACGCGGGCGCACGCCUGUGUACUCGGGCGGAGCUGCAGGGGAAUUGCGCACGCGGGUCAGGCUGCGGCCACGACCGCGAUCUGAUCUGUCCAGACGGGCCCACGCAGCAGUGCCGCGAUGACGCUGGGCCACCGUGGGACGACGACCUGGAGACCUACGGCCCAAACGUCCGCUACCACGACAACACGCCCGCCGAGCCCAUCCUGCCGGCAGAUGGCGCGUGCCCCGGCGCCCUUGCCGGUGCGUGCGCCGCCAAGGGCGUCAAGGCCGCCUACCUCGACGGACCGAUCGACUGCGGCGGGCAAGGCUGGUUCUGUCGCAUCAUGCCGCAGCCCGGCUGGGGCGACUGCAGCUACGGCGACUGCAAUUUUGCCAACUGCGCCACUCCUGAUGCGGACGAGCUCGACACGGACGGCCACUGCCACGGCUCGGACGAUGACAGCACGUACGGCUGGUGGGUGCGCGAUCACCAUUUUAGAGGCUAUACAGGCACGCUGAACUGCUGCUGCGGGUGGGGCGCGCCAAUGUACGGCGUCGUCAACCGCUGUGACUACCGCAAGCCCGUCAGCGGGGACGAGGUUGCGACCUGCCGCGACGCAAACGAAGAGCACGACGUCGAUUUCAACCCCACGUGCGACGCCCACCCUCUCAAGCCCGACCCCGUCACCAACGGCGGCAUGUGCUGGACGGUGCGCAGUUUUGCUGCCAAGUGAGGUCCAAGGACCACACGAGGUCGACCUGAGGUCGACGCGGGCGACGAGGCGAGGGUGUGUCCUGGUGAAAGGGCGAGGGAAGGCCAAGGCGUGGCGCGGCGGGCAAACCCGAGCGACAUGCCGACAUGUUCAUUAAGUGUGUACCUACGGUCUUACGCCUGUGUGGCAGUGUACUGCUCUUCCCCCCGACGUGGCUCCUGUCUCUGCGCGUUUGCGCGCGCGCAUGCUCACACCGGCCUAUGUACGUAUGUAGAUUAUGUGGAUGCAAUAUUUUCUUUGGCG